AUGAUUUCCAGGCAGCAUGUGGCUUUGUUUCUCUGCUUUCUGCUACUGAUCCCUCUUUCUCUGGAUGCAGUCUUUCUAAAGCAGGAAGAGGCAAGCAACAUUUUGCAAAGACAAAGACGAGCCAACAGCUUCUUUGAAGAGAUAAAACUGGGAUCACUAGAGCGAGAAUGCAUAGAAGAAAAGUGUUCCUAUGAGGAAGCAAGAGAGAUUUACCGUGAUACUGAAAGGACAGAAGAGUUCUGGCUCAUCUAUUCCGACCCUAACCAGUGUGCCUCCAACCCCUGUCAGAAUGGUGGGAUUUGUGAUGACCAGUUUCAGGAUUAUGUUUGCCGCUGUCCCAUCGAAUACGAGGGCAAAAGCUGUGAAAAAGCUGUGGCUGACAAACUGAAGUGCAUUUUUGACAAUGGUGGCUGUGAACAGUACUGUACUGACAAGCAGUCAAAAACACGACUGUGCUUCUGUGAUGAUGAUUACACUUUAGCAAGUGAUGGCGUGUCCUGCAUCCCUCAAGUGAAAUAUCCAUGUGGAAAAAUACCAGUUCUGGCAAAAAAAAAUUCCACUGUACAUGGGAGAAUAGUAGGUGGUUUGAUCUGUCCUCCGGGUGAAUGUCCAUGGCAAGCCCUUAUAAUACAGGAUCAGACAGAAAAGUGUGGUGGCACCCUGCUUUCCCCAGAGUGGGUAGUCACUGCAGCUCACUGUUUGGAGCAUACUCACCCUAAACAGCUUCGGGUGAGACUGGGUGAACACAAAAUAAAUGUUGAUGAGAAAACUGAGCAAGAAAGUGGAGUUGCCAGGAUGAUCAUUCACGAAGAAUACGUGAAUGGACAAGUCAAUAAUGAUAUUGCCCUCUUGAACCUGGAAACACCAGUGAAUCUCACUGACUAUGUGGUGCCAAUAUGUUUGCCUGAGAAAAGGUUUGCUGUUUUUGAACUGUCCACCAUCAAGUUCUCCACAGUAAGCGGAUGGGGACGCCUAAUAGAUGGAGGUGCCACCUCUUCUGUUCUAAUGAGAGUUGAUUUGCCACGUGUAAAGACACAAGAAUGUGAAAAGGAGACUGAUUUAAAUAUUACAGAGAACAUGUUCUGUGCAGGAGACCUGUCUGGGGUUAAGGACUCCUGCAAGGGAGACAGUGGUGGUCCUCAUGCUACACAGUACAAGAACACUUGGUUUCUGACUGGGAUUGUUAGCUGGGGAAAGGGCUGUGCUGCUGAAGGCAGCUAUGGGGUUUACACAAGGGUAUCCAAAUACAUUGACUGGUUGAGGAAACACAUGGACAAAUGA